CCCUUGAAUCCCAACAUUGAAAUACUUAAUUCAAAGAACUGUUUUUCAAGACUUGAGUGUAUAUAUAUUCAUCGAUUUUCCAUUUUCAUCAGUACAGCUAAACAAAAGCUUUCAGUUCCCUUCGAUCUUUACUUUUUCUUCCUUCUCUUGUUCUACAAUAGCCUCCCUUGUUUUGAAAAACGAAAUAAGAUGAUGAGUGCUAAGAAGCUUAUCAAAUUGGCAAGGAAAUGGCAAAAACUGGCAGCAAUCAGGAGAAAAAGAAUCACACUUUCGAGAACCAGUCGGAAAGUUGGUACAAACAGUUGCAGCACAUCUUCAAUGGUCGAGAAGGGUCACUUUGUGGUGUAUUGCUCUGAUGAGAAGCGGUUUGUGCUUCCAUUGGAAUAUCUGAAGAACGAAAUUGUGAUGGAGUUGUUCCAACUGGCAGAAGAAGAGUUUGGGCUUCAAGGCAAUGAACAUCUCACCUUGCCUUGUGAUGCACCCUUGACGGAAGAUGUCAUUGGGUUGAUCAAAAGGAAAGCAAGUAAAAAUGGCACUCUACAUUAAGACGUAUAAUGAGAAAACUCCAGAUUUUUUCUUCAUAUUCAGUUAUCUGCAAUGACAAUCAUCCAUCUUUUUAUCUUUA